GUCUCUAGUAUCUUGAACAAGAUCAUGUACAGCUGGCAACUCAAAGUUAUCAAACUGGUCUCUUGUCACAAACCAGUCGAGCGCCGGCGUCGCCUGAACUUUUGCCAUCGUACCAGUCGACAAAACUCUGUUGAACCAAUCUCCACCAUCACCAGGCAGAAUUCAACACUCGUUGUAUUAACAAGAGAAAUACUUUCGAAUUGGGAACAGUAGAGGAGCGUAGUAGAAGACAUCACAUCUCAGUAGAACGAGACAUACUUCCGUGGCUCAAAAAGUUAAUGUGUUACUUGCAUCAAAAUGAAGCUUACGAAGAAGUGUUUCGCAAACAUCACCAAGAUGUUGGACUUUUAUUCGCAGUUCAACCCUUCGCCGCUUUCGAUAAAACAGUUCAUCGAUUUCGGAUUGAGCGCCUGCGAGCGGAAGUCGUUUAUAUUCUUGAGGAAGGAACUUCCGGUUCGGUUAGCCAAUAUAAUGAAGGAAAUUCAUUUACUGCCAGAACAUUUACUACGUAUGCCCAGUGUGGGCAUAGUUAAUAAUUUAUAUGCCACCUCAUUCGAAGAAAUUGUACACUUUGAAAAGGCUGAAAUUAAUGAGAGCACUUUAGACAAAUUCUGUCAGGCUUUGGUGAAGAUCCGUAACAGACAUGCUGAUGUGGUGCAAACAAUGGCUCAGGGCGUACUAGAAUUAAAAGAUUCUCAUGAUGUUGAUUUAUCGACAGAGAACAGUAUACAAUAUUUCUUGGAUAGAUUCCUUAUGUCACGAAUUUCCAUUCGAAUGCUCAUCAAUCAACACACACUACUGUUUGGUGGCAUUUUAAACGGACAUAGUAGACAUAUUGGAUGUAUAGAUCCUAUGUGCGACGUUAUUGGCGUAGUAAGAGAUGCAUAUGAAAACGCAAGAUUCCUCUGUGACCAGUACUAUUUGGCCAGUCCAGAACUUGUAGUCAAACAACAUAAUGAACUGGAACGUGGAAAUGAAAUCCGAAUAGUAUACGUGCCCAGCCAUUUGUAUCACAUGCUCUUUGAACUGUUCAAAAAUAGUAUGCGAGCUGUUAUGGAACAUCAUGGCGAGGAUUCUGAUAAUUAUCCACCAUUGGAAGUUACUGUGGUUCGUGGAAAGGAGGACAUUUGCGUUAAGAUGUCCGACAGGGGUGGCGGCAUUCGACGUUCUCAAACUGAUCAUCUUUUCAAGUACAUGUACAGCACUGCCCCUCAACCAAGUAAAUCAGAUGCUCACACCGUACCUCUGGCUGGAUAUGGUUACGGUCUUCCAUUAUCACGGCUUUAUGCUCGAUAUUUCCACGGAGAUUUAGUAUUAUUAAGUUGCGAAGGUUACGGCACAGACGCCAUUAUUUACCUAAAGGCACUGUCGAACGAGGCAAACGAGCUAUUGCCGAUCUUCAAUAAGACUUCUUCAAAAUUCUACAGAACGACAGUUACAUCAGCAGACUGGAGCAGUCAAUGCGGUGGCGGUAUGGCUACUAGACAAUUAAGCAUGAGUCAUGCUCAAGGCCAUAGGCUUCCUCAUGGGAUGCAGAUAAGCCAAUGCUAGCACAAUCCCAUCGGCAUGGAACAAGACCAAGAAACUCUGGAGUAGGCGAAUCGCGAUAUACUUCCCACCGGUCCGGCUGUUAUAUUUCUUCCCGUAUCUUUUCUCACUUGCAUCCAUAUUUACUCGAAUGACAAGCACACCGCGUCUCCUGAACAAGAAGAGCCAUAUUGUCAGAUGAACAUUUAUCUGAGUUGCGGAUACAGAUAAUAUGAUAUUAAUGACGUACGUACGUGCUCGGCUAAAUAAAUAACAUCAGACAUUCGUGUGGGAGCAUAUCUGCGAAUAUUCUACGUCACCUUGGUCCUCCAUGCUGCGUUACUUGCAUAACGAUUACAUAUCAAAUCGAAGUUACAGAUUUGACGAUCGAAGUUUAUUGUGCGCAAAGCUUACGAUUAAUUAUCGUUAGUAAUUAUUGUAACGAAAGAGCAAUUACCGUACACGGAGUUAAUCUACAUCCACUUGACUGAUGUCACUGCAUAACAGAUAAAAUGUCGUUCUUUCUCUUUUUUCAAAUAUUUUUUCUUAUCACUGAUUUAACGAAAAACAAUAUUUUAUCGACGAAAGCUUUGCCUAUUCAUAAAUAUCUUUCAAAUGCCAUUCGUAAUGCACGAAAUUGAUAAUGACAGUGUGUUAUCGAUAUUUUUGUAGGAAUACCCCGUGAUGACCGCUAACGUGCUUUUAUAUAGUUUAGAAGAGGGAUCGCGUUUUGUCUUUUUUUUUUCCUUUAAGAGGCCGUUUUAUCGUUCUGACAAGAUUUCCUGUCGGUUCAUCGAAAUUUUUGAGCAUACGACUUUUUUACUUGACGGGCGUAUCCAGGAUGCUACUGGUUGCUUCCUGGGGAUAAGUCGUUAUGUAAUUUCGAUGUCUGACGGAUUUCCGAACGAUACAACAAAUCGCAAUCUGUGAUGCAAUACGCGAUUUUACUUUAGCUGAUAGUCAGAUAUAUACUUGUUAUUGUACAGCACAACACACGAGUUGCAUAUAUAUAUAUAUAUAUUUACAUAAAUAUAUACAUUUAUGCAUACAUUUUUUAUUUAUGUAUAAAUGUAUAUAUAUGUAUACCAUAGAUAUAAAUGCUUAUACGACAAUUUUAUGACUGUGCUGUCUAUACAUUGUGUUCAGGCGACAAAGUAAAUUCAUCACAAAGAUACGGUAAUCGGUAGAAGCUAAAAGAAACGUCGAUCUAGACGUCCCAAAAAAUAUUUUGUACCAUGCUAAAAGAAAGGAUAAGAAAAUUAAAUCCUAUCUGAUUGCGUACUGUGUUACUGUGUACAAUAUUUACAAAAUUUUUAGUUACGUUUUUUUUAUGUAAAAUUAUUGCGCGAUACUUCGAGGUCACCGGUAAUUCGAGGAAUGAAACGUAAUCGAGCAUAAUACUUAAAAACAGAAAAACCGAGUGUCCAAACGAUAGACAAAUUGUAGAUAGAGAAAUGUCUAGGAAUGAGUAAAUUAAUUGUAUAAAAAAAUGUUAAUGACAUCACUAACGUUCAUUAAGUGAUUAUCCCACUUAUGAAAUAACGUGAUAAUUCGCGCUCGUCCAAUUGUCAAUAUCUCAAUUGAUAUUAAAACUACUUUUCCGACAUGUUUCUUUCUGUUAAACUUCAUGAUGCCAUUAAAUCUUGAGACUCUUAUUCGAUCCCGGUUAAUUUGAAACAUGAAUAGCAAAUCUGUUCCUAAUCAGACCAAUGUGUAAACUGUUAUUGCAUGACGUUUGCGACACCAUGCAAUCGUUUAUGUAUUUUAAUGAAAAUACAUUUUAGGCGUAUACUCAAUCAUUUAUAGCCGGACACUGAUGUCAUAUUAUUUAAAAAUUAUUAUUACGCCUCAUUUCAAGAGUUCAUCGAGCGGCGAGAUAUUGUAUAUAUGUACCACCUGUGUAUAUAACAAUAGAGCUAUUAUUAUAAAUAAUAAUUUACAAUCGCAGCGUGUAAAAUAUAUUAUUUUUAGGUUACCAUAUAGACAGUGAACGACAGUUUUAAUAAUAUCCGUGCUAAUCGCACUUGCAGUCGCACUGUAAAAUACUGUUAACGUAAUAAAGAUGUUGUCAGUGA